UGUAAAACAUUCUCUCAACGAUUUCAGGACCGUGCGGAAGCAAACCAACAACAAGGCCACCUUUCCCCUUUCCCCCCUCCCUCACCACCGCGCUUUCGGCCGGGAAACCUGCUCCAAAAUCAACAACCACCUCCACCGCCACCGUCGUUAAAUUGAAGGAAGAGAAGAUGACGGCUCGUUCCCCUAUCACAUUUGAUUCCUGAUUCCUUGCUCUACCUUAGAUCUGUAUGCACACAGUGGGAUUUUCUCCGAUCACCGUCGCCGGAAGCUAUGCAAUCCCGAGUGGUGGUAUCACUCGAGGAAAGCAACAAAGACUCAAAUCCCCCUCCGCCUCCUUCAAUCAAGACGGCGAUCCCUACUCAAUCCAGGGGAUUCCCCUUGCGCAUGCUCCGAUUAUUCUUUCUCUUCCUAUCCCUAUGCUUCGCAUUCUCCUUCAUCAGCAUCUACGCAAUCAGGCGGUUCGGAGUGCAGAAUGUGGUCACCACCGUCAGGUCGGGCUUCAUCCCCAGCUGCAUUGGUGGUGCUGCCGCUGACUCUUUUGCGACGCUCGAGCGGUUUAUCGCCCCACCAUCGAACUUGCUCCACAGGAUGAGCGACGAGGAGUUGUUCUGGAGGGCUACACUUGUCCCUCGAAUACAGAAAUACCCUUUCAGCAGGGUUCCAAAGGUGGCUUUCAUGUUCUUGUCCAAGGGUCCCUUGCCCCUUGCACCUCUUUGGGAGAGGUUCUUCAGUGGCCAUCAGGGGCUAUACUCCAUUUACCUACAUUCCCUUCCUUCAUUCGAAGCCAAGUUCCCACCUUCGUCGGUUUUCUACCGGAGGCAGGUCCCUAGUAAGGUUUCCGAAUGGGGAAAGAUGAGCAUGUGUGACGCCGAGAGAAGACUCCUCGCAAACGCUUUGCUCGACAUCUCAAACGAGUGGUUCAUUCUCCUCUCAGAAUCAUGCAUUCCUCUUUAUAACUUCAGCAUCAUAUACCGCUACAUAAGGAGUACAAACCAGAGCUUCAUGGGCGCGUUCGACGAUGAGGGGCCCUAUGGCAGGGGCCGGUACAACGAGAAUAUGGCCCCCGAGGUGAACAUCACGCAGUGGCGGAAAGGCUCCCAGUGGUUCGAGUUAAGACGAAACCUUGCUGUCAGCAUAGUGGAAGACACAAAAUACUACCCGAAGUUCGAGGAGUUCUGCAGGCCUAACUGUUACGUCGACGAGCACUACUUCCCCACAAUGCUGACAAUCGAAGCACCGAACGAGCUGGCGAAUCGGAGCAUCACGUGGGUUGACUGGUCACGAGGCGGGGCCCACCCAGCCACCUUUGGAGGGGCAGAUAUCACGGCGGAGUUCUUCAAGAAGAUAUAUGACUCGCAGAAAUGCAAGUACAAUGACCGGGAGGAGUUCCAGAUUUGUAAUCUCUUUGCGAGGAAGUUCUCGCCGAGUACUCUCGAGCCAUUGCUGCACAUUUCUCAGCAGGUGUUGGGAUUCUGAAAGUGUGGUGGUGAGUGAGAUGUGACUCGGUUUCUUGAUCAUUCUUCUUCUGGGUUUGAUAUAUAUCGUUUGUGUUGUUGCACAGUAGUAGUAGUUUUCGUCACCAUUUUGCUUUUAUGUGAGCAUAUGCAUGUAAUGGUGCGGUGGCUGAGCUUGUUUCCAUAGAUUUUCUUCACCUGUAGUUGUACAGAAGACUACAUAUGGCUAGUUUAGGUUUUGGGUAGAGGGCAGAAUGUUGGUUACUGGCACUGGGAGUGAUUGGCUAACUAAACCGAACUUCAAUCAUCCCCAGCCGGUUAGUAGACAGUUUGCCUAGUGAAAUGGCUUUGAUUCCUUUAUCUGUUUGAGCUUCUUUUCUUCUAUUAGAACCUAUUAGAGAUGAUGAGGGUAUAUAUAUGUUUCUUGAAAUUACAGUAUUUUUAUAUGAAAAUUAUUCUUAUAAUAUUAAGUGUACCAU